CUUGUAAUUAUCUGCGAGUCCAUGUUAACAAAGGUGUAGGCCGUUCCACCAAAGCGGUCUCGCUCCUUGUCUCGUAAACCCUGAACCCCCAUAGAUCGUUGCAGCAUCUUCCUCCCUAAACCUACUGAGUUCGCCACCCGGAACCGGCAACUAGGUUGUGACUCAGUUGUUUCACGUUGAACUAUGCAAGUCAUCUCCAACGCUCGCCGAGUCUCUCGGUUCUUCCUUUCGAACUCCACCGCGCUCUCUCCUUUCUCAGGACUCGCGCAACACGAUUACCGGCGAGUGACAACUGAUCCGAGAAACCGGUUCUUGUCAAAGGAAUUUUUCUCUUCAGGAGUGGAUACUGUUGAAGGAGCUCCCUCAGGGGAUGUGAAGGAAUUAUACGAUAAAAUGCUUGACUCUGUAAAAGUUAAACGAUCAAUGCCUCCAAAUGCUUGGUUGUGGUCAAUGAUUGCAAAUUGCAAACACCAGCACGAUAUUAGGCUUCUGUUCGACAUUCUGCAGAACCUCCGCAUAUUUAGGUUGUCGAAUCUUCGAAUUCAUGACAACUUUAAUUGCAAUCUCUGUCGUGAAGUUACCAAGGCGUGUGUUCAUGCAGGAGCUCUUGAUUUUGGAAAGAAGACUCUGUGGAAGCAUAAUGUGUAUGGAUUGACCCCGCAUAUUUCAUCUGCUCACUCUUUACUGCUGUAUGCCAAGGACCACAAUGAUACUAAACUGUUGGUGGAAGUAAUGAAACUUCUGAAGAAGAACAAUUUACCAUUGCAACCAGGGACAGCAGAUAUAGUUUUCAGCAUUUGUUACAAUACAAAUGACUGGGUGUUGAUUAGUAAGUAUGCACAGAGGUUUGUCAAGGCUGGUGUAAAACUAAGACAAACCUCAUUUGAGACAUGGAUGGAUUUUGCUGCCAAAAGAGGGGACACCAACUCAUUGUGGACAAUAGAAAAGUUGAGAUCUGAAACAAUGAAGCAGCACACUUUGGCGACUGGGUUUUCUUGUGCCAAGGGUCUUCUGUUGGAACGUAAACCCAAUGAUGCAGUUGCUGUCAUUCAAGUUCUAAAUCAGACCUUGUCCGAUAAAGGAAAGUCAGGCAUCAAGAAUGAACUUCAGAGGCUUGUAUCUGAGUGGCCUUUAGAAGUUAUUAAGCACCAAAAAGAUGAGGACAGAAAGGCAAUUGCAGCCUCUUUGAAGUCUGAUAUCCUUAUCAUGGUUAGUGAGUUGCUGAGCAUGGGUGUUAAGGCAAAUGUAAGUUUGGAAGACCUAGACAGGAAGGAAGGUAUUCCACAAUAGCAUUUAAUUCAGAAUUUGAUGACAUUGUACUUCAGAAUGUGCUUAUUUGUGGAGUAUCUCCUUCCGAGGAUGCUUCCUAGCCCAGGAUAUAGAUAAGGCGUCUGCAAUCAUAGCAAAUGUUGAUUACUAAAUUAAAAUUAUUACUUUCCUUCCAUUGUUACCAUUUCUUAUUUUACGUCUCCGAGUACUUGAGUUUUUGGUAGCAUAUUAGUGGGAUUUUGUUAGUGUCUGAUAACCGAAAUUUGGAUAUCAGAAGACAAUGAAAUCUAGUCAUAUUUAAUUCAUAUUUUUAGACUCUACAUAUUUAUUUUUUAUUUAAAAUUGUCCCA